AGUGAUGCUUUUUAAUCAAGAAAGAACUUAGCUGGAGCUUGCAGGCCUGGCGCUGAGCUAGGCUGGGUUGUGGGGCGCUUGGCUAGCAGGCUGGUCCAGCAGGGGACGCCCGAGUGCCUCACUGCAGCAACCCGGCGGCGGAGCGCAGCGGCCGGCAGGAACUCGCGUCCUGCCGCAGUCUCUCGGCAGCUAGUCAGCGAGCGAGCGCAAGGGAGGAGACCCCCGCCCGGGCACCACACUUGCAGCCGCGGUAACUCCCACCCGCGAUCGCGGCCCUCUGCCUCUCAAACGCCUUCUGCAGCCUGGGUGGGUCAGCGUGAGAGGGCUUUUCGGUCUCCGGGGCCGGACUGCGAACUUGGAGAGGACCGUGGCUCUCUCCCCGGCCUGGAGAGUGAACAGGAUUGUGGACCCUUUUGUAAUUGACAAUGACGCAGUGAGUCUAAAGGUUGCCACCGAAGCCAUCUGCUUACAUCCUGAGUCUGAACAGUAAAUCCUGUCACCAGCAACCAUGGCGAAGAGCGCAGAGGUCAAACUGGCCAUAUUUGGGAGAGCAGGUGUGGGCAAGUCAGCCAUUGUAGUGAGAUUUCUGACCAAACGAUUCAUCUGGGAAUAUGAUCCAACCCUCGAGUCAACCUACCGACACCAGGCAACCAUCGAUGAUGAAGCUGUUUCUAUGGAGAUCCUAGAUACCGCUGGUCAGGAAGACACCAUCCAGAGGGAAGGGCACAUGCGCUGGGGCGAAGGCUUCGUGCUGGUCUACGAUAUCACUGAUCGAGGGAGCUUUGAAGACGUGCUGCCGCUGAAGAACAUCUUAGAUGAAGUCAAAAAGCCCAAAAACGUAACUCUCAUCUUAGUCGGAAAUAAAGCCGACUUGGACCACUCCAGACAAGUGAGUACGGAAGAGGGGGAGAAGCUGGCUACAGAAUUGGCUUGUGCAUUUUACGAAUGCUCUGCCUGCACGGGAGAAGGGAACAUCACCGAGGUAUUCUAUGAGCUCUGUCGAGAGGUGCGUCGCAGGAGGAUGGUGCAAGGCAAGACGCGGCGACGCAGUUCCACCACACACGUCAAGCAAGCGAUUAACAAGAUGCUCACCAAAAUCAGUAGUUAGAGGCCUUGCCAAGAUGUGCUGAAAAUUGAGAAAUCUUUCCUGGCUCUUCUUUUGCCCUUCCAAACACGAGCAAAAUAUUCUACUCUUAUCCUAAAUUUGGGAAAUGUUGGGGUAUCUCAUGGUUCCUGGUCUGCUAUAUGCUGGGAAGUUCUCCAGUGUCCUCUCGGUCUGGAUGCUGUUAACAGUCUCCCUACUUGCGUAGGAUCUGUGCUAAUACAGUUUGAAAAUGUAACCACCAAAGAUACUGAAGUGGCUGGGUUUGCGGAUGCCUUGCUUUAAUAAGUUGAAGUCUUUUCAAAGGCGUUUUAAGAUUCUGUUUCUUAUAGAAUACUACAAAGGUCACCAUAACAUUUUGUGAUGUCUGUUGAGAACUUGAGAAUGGUAGCUAGUUGCGUGAUUGGAACAGGAAUAGAACUCUAGUUCCCAUCUGAAGUAAGAACUUUUUAAAAAUUGUUAUCUUACUUAAAUUGUACAGAUUUUCUUUAACCCUUUAUUUCAUUUUUAGGUUGAAAUGUUAUCACUGAUUUUUGUUCUGUAAUGUAAUUGCCCAUUUCAAUUCAAGUUGGUUCCCUCAAUGAUCUAUAUCAGUCCUUACUCUCCCAAUUCUAUAAUACUUUCCUUAAUAACAGAAGAAACAAGACCCACAAUGCACAUCCUGCUGUGUCUUGGCUCCCUGAAGCCUGGGUGAUGAAAAACAGCAGGAAUCUUUGUACCACAGCUUGACUUCACUGCAUGUUAGUAGAGGGAUUAGAACUAGAGACACCUGGUUUGUAUAUUACUCUAUUAGCACUGUAGCAGGAAGAUAAUCCUCUAAAUAAGACAAUUGGGAUGCCUAGUUAGUCCUCAUUGGAAACCAAGGCUGAAUCCCACACAGGCAGCAAAGUCAACCUCUGAUUCAAUAAAUUGGCCACAUGCUUUCUUAGCCUUUUAACCUUUGGCUAAGAUUAAAUCCCUUGGAAGAAUUGUGGAAAAGAAUGGGUGAUUCAAAUUCAUUAUACCUGAAUGAGUGUGUGUGUAUAUAUAUAUAUAUAUAUAUAUAUAUAUAUAUAUAGUGGAAGGUCAGCUGGUGAAAGGAAUUGUGUAACUGCCAAGAGUGUAUGGCCCUUUUCUCCAUUUCCUGCCCCAUAUAUUAAUAUUUGGGCACUUUAUUUUAGGAGAAAAUAUAUAUCUUUUACAUAUGUAUGUAUUUAUAUGUAUGCAUAUAAGUGUGUAUAAAAUUUGUAAGUAUUGGAGGCUUUAAUUCACCGAUGUAUUUGAACAACCUGGUGUAACUGACUUUGUUUUAUGUGACUAUAAUAAAAAGUAUAAUU